CUAUACAAGUAGUUAACGAAAGUUCUUAUCUUUCCUGAUUACUAAACAUGGGUCAGACUCAAUUACUAAGAUUUAUGUCCAAGAUUUUAAAUUAAGGGACUAAAUAUGAUAAAUUGCGUGAUACUAUGAACUUAUUUGUUAAAAGCACAUUGUACAUGGACAAAAUUGUUAGAAAUCGUAGUUUAGUGAUUAAAGGUGUUAUUCGUCCAAAAGAGAAAGGGUUUAAGUUUAAUUAUCCUUCAGAUAAAUGGGGAGGAAAACGAAAGGGUUUAAGCUACCGGUCGGCCAAAAGAACCGCGGUCCAUCACCGGAAAGCGAAACCAGCGGCGGCAGCGGCAGCGGCGGAGUUUCGAUUCCUUUCAUCUGCUCGUCAAACGCUGGAAACCAAUCUUGGGUUCGUCGAGUUGAGCUCCUUCCUCCGUAGCGAAACUACAAAAAAGCCUUCAUAUCUUCUCCGCUAGUGCGUUUGCUUGUGUAUACUCGGCUCAGCUCAGCUCUCUGAUAAACAUAUCUCAACAUGGACGCGGAAUACGAAGUCAAGGAUUUGGAAGAUGAGACUAACGAGGAAGAGGAGCAGGAAGAGAUGGGGAAGAAAAUGGUUGCUAAAGGGCACAAAGAUGCUUUGGAAAGACUUAAGCAAAAGGACCCAGAGUUUUAUCAGUUCUUGCAAGAACAUGAUAAGGAGCUUCUUGAAUUCGAUGACGAGGAUGCUGAGGAGGAUGCUGAUAAUGAUUUGGAGGAACCAACCAUAGAUAACGAUGAGGCAGUCGGUGAACAUAUUCAGUUGGAGAAGGAAGAGAAGAAACAAUCUAAAACCGUUGUAACUAUCGCAAUGGUUGAAUCCUGGACUAAGGCAGUGCUAGAUGGUGGUAAAAUAGGUGCCCUUCGUUCUCUUCUGAAAGGUUUCAGAAUUGCAUGCCACUAUGGUGAUGAUAGUGGGGAUGACUCUUCAUCAAACUUAAGUAUCAUGUCUAGCGCUGUGUUCAAUAAAAUAAUGGUAUUUGUCCUGAGUCGAAUGGAUGGAAUUCUUCGCAAGAUGUUGGACCUGCCUUCUUAUGGUGGGAAGAAAGAGGUGAUGCUAAAAGUAAUGGGUACCCGGAAAUGGAAGAAAUACAGUCACCUGGUGAAGUCAUAUCUGGGAAAUGCCCUGCAUGUUUUGAACCAAAUGACUGAUGCACAGAUGGUAGCUUUUACUUUGCGGCGUCUCAAGUAUUCGUCUUUGCUAUUGGCUGCUUUCCCAAGUCUAUUGCGGAAGUAUGUCAAGGUUGCCCUUCACUUUUGGGGUUCAGGAGGCGGUGCCCUCCCAGUUGUAUCUACUCUGUUCCUGAGGGAUUUAUGCGUACGGCUUGGACAGGAAUGUGCAGAUGACUGCUUCAAGGGUAUGUACAAGGCAUAUGUUCUGAACUGUCAGUUCAUAAAUGCUGCAAAGUUGCAGCAUAUCCAAUUUCUUGGGAACUGUGUUAUUGAAAUAUUUCGGGUGGACCUCCCGACUGCGUAUCAACAAGCUUUCGUUUACAUCCGGCAGUUGGCAAUGAUUCUGAGAGAUGCUAUCACUAUGAAAACGAAGGAAUCAUUUCGACGAGUUUAUGAAUGGAAAUUCAUGAAUUGCCUUGAACUUUGGACUGGUGCUGUCUGUACUUACAGUUCGGAAGCUGAUUUUAAGCCUCUAGCCUAUCCGUUAACUCAAAUCAUUUCCGGAGUGGCUUCACUGGUUCCAACUGCUAGAUACUUUCCUCUUAGAUUGAGGUGUGUAAGAAUGCUCAACCGCAUUGCUGCAUCUACUGGAACAUUCAUACCGGUUUCCACUCUCCUCUUGGACAUGUUAGAAAUGAAAGAACUGAAUAGGCCUCCAACUGGAGGUGUUGGCAAAGCUAUUGAUUUGCGCACAAUACUGAAGGUAAACAAGCCUACGCUGAAAACACGAGCAUUUCAAGAGGCCUGUGUAUAUUCUGUAGUUGAAGAAAUAGCCGAACAUUUAGCUCAAUGGAGCUAUUCAAUGGCUUUCUUUGAGCUGUCUUUUAUUCCGGCUGUAAGACUAAGAAGCUUCUGCAAAGCUACCAAAGUUGAUAGAUUCAGAAAAGAAAUGAGGCAGCUUAUACGACAGAUUGAGGCCAACUCCAAGUUCACAAAUGAAAAGCGUGCGUCAAUCACUUUACCGAAUGACCCUGCAGCUGCAUCUGAAAUUGAGAAUGAGAAACAGUUGGGUCCCAGUCCUUUGUCGAAGUAUGUUGUGACAUUGCAUCAAAGAGCAAAGCAAAGAAGUAGUUCACUGGUGGAAUCCAGUGUUACUUUUGGAGAACGUUCCUCAGUGUUUGGCAAACGGAGAUCUGAAGGUGAUGAAGACGACGACGACGAUGAUGUUGUUGUUGAUGAUGAUGAUGAUGGUCCUGGAAACGAGGAAGCCACAGCUGUGUUCAACUCGUCUUGGUUACCGAGUGGUCUACCAAAGGUUGAUACAUCCAGGGAUGAGGCAAAGAAGAAGAAGAAGAAAAGAAAGAAAGGACAGGAAGACGAAGAAGAUGAUGAUAUCGUCGAGGAUUUCAUACUGAGUUCCGACGAGGAAGAAAUCCCGAGUGGCACUCCUAAUGAGGAAGGCGAGAAUGUGAAAUCAAGGCCUCAGAAGAAAAGGCAGAAAUUUUCGAAGAAGGAAUCUCAUUCAAAGAAACCAAGAAGGAAGCAGAGGGAGGCUAAAGUAUGAGGGAGGGCAGUAAUCUGUUUGAUCUUUCUUUGUAGCUCUAAAUGGUCCAAAAUUUUGGGUUUAAAAACAACCAAUGAGAUUAUGGAAAAGAAAUCAAAACACCAAGGGAACGAUUUUUUUGCAACUAGUCUCUAGGCCUUUAAUUGCAUGCACUUUUUAGUACUAGUUUUUCAAACCUUAAUCCAUUUUUGUAUGUAUAUAUAGAACAAAUGUUCCUGUAAAAUUGUCAAAUCAAUCAGUUGAAUCAUGGCCGUUGAUUACUCGUGAUUUCAACAUGCAUUUGUGUAUGUACUAUCAUAUAUUGCUCCGGUAAUCUCAUUUGCUCGAACUCGAUUCGAGUUGACAUCAUUGGAAAUAACGGGUAAAAAAAUGGAGGUAUAUCAUUCUGUUUCUGGUAUAUGAUUUCCUAACUCCUGAUAAAACGACGUGAAUAGACCACCAUGAAUAAGAGUUAUAACAUCCAUGUAUCUUUCCAACAAAUUCUAACAUUUUACACAAAUAAAAUACUUUAGGAUGUAUAAUGAAUCAUUUUUAACUUAACAAAUUAAUUAAAUCAUUAAAUUUCCCCCUAAAUACUAAUAUCGGUAGACAUUCUCUUUUUUAUAUGUGGAAAUAAAAUACUUUAGGAUGU